GAUUUACUAUGAUAAAAAGCAAAAAGUAGUAAAAUAGGUCAGCAUAAUUUGAAUCCUCUACUACUAAUAGAAUCCUUCCCUUAAAUAAACAAAGAACUAUCUUUAUUCGUAUUCUACAAAGUGGGAUAGCAUUUAGCAUUUAAAUAUGUAUGUUGUAUGAUAUGUGUAAACAUUCAAGAUACAUACAUAAGAUAAGCAUAAAAGGAUUGGAUGGAACAAAAAUCAACAAAAUCUUUUUGGAAACGCCGAGGACUUAAAUUACCUGGAAGUAUAAGUAUUGUUCCUAGUUGGUCUAGUACAUCUUCGAAUGAUACAACUGAACCUAUUGUUAUAGGCGCAAGGUAUACUUAUAAUAGCUUAAUAACAACGAAUGACCCAUCAUCAAAACCUGUCAUGUUACCAUCUCAAUAUCCUACAUCACAACAACAAUCGUUAAUUAAAAAUAGUCGCGUUCAAUCUUCUAAUAUAACUACUGAUUCCAACUUAAAAGAUAAACAACAACCAAAGAAGCAGACACAAGUAAAAAAUAAAUCUCAUCAAACGUCAUUUAAAGCCUUCUUAAAAGAUACCAAUGAUGAAUGGAGUGAUGAUAUACACGAACAACAGCCUUUAGAUAUAACAAAAAAGACUGAUAAAGAUUCGGAGAAAACUACAAAAUCUACUGAGGCUUUAGUGUGUGUCGCUGCAUCUCAAGAAGAUUCUUCAGAUACAAAGCAAACAUUGAAAGUGCCGAAAAAGAAAAGAUUAAUAAAUCCAAAUGGCAUCAAAGAUAAUGUAAACGAUUUACUAUUAGAUCCUACCUAUUUAUUGAAAAGAAUAAAUCUAGAAGAGACAAAAGAUCCUACAAGAACAAAAAAGUUUAUGGAAGUCUUGUCAGUUUCAAAUGUUGACUUGGUGACGUUGAGAUCUUUAAGUUGGAGUGGUAUACCUGAAGAAUUAAGGAUGAUGGCAUGGCAAUUAUUACUAGGUUAUCUACCUUGUAAUUCGACCAGAAGAGAAAUUACAUUAGCUCGUAAACGAAAGGAAUAUUCAGAUAGUGUUGCAGUUACAUAUGCAAGAGGAACAGCAGGAUUAGAUCAAGCCUUAUGGCAUCAAAUUCAUAUAGAUAUACCCAGAACUAAUCCAGGUAUACCUCUUUAUCAAUGUGAAGCAACUCAGUCGUGUUUGGAAAGAAUAUUAUAUCAAUGGGCAAUACGACAUCCAGCAAGUGGUUAUGUGCAAGGAAUUAAUGAUUUAGUAACACCUAUAUUUGAAGUCUUUCUUUCUGCUUAUAUAGAUGAAGAUCCAGAAUAUUAUGAUGUUAGUAAAUUAGAUACAAAAGUAUUAGACGUGAUAGAAGCAGAUAGUUUUUGGUGUCUAUCAAAACUACUAGACGGUAUACAAGAUAAUUACACCUUCGCACAACCUGGCAUUCAAAGGCAGAUCACAAUAUUAAAAGAAUUAGUAUCGCGAAUUGAUGCUCGUCUUACUCAGCAUUUACAAAAUGAAGGAAUUGAAUUUAUACAAUUUGCAUUUCGUUGGAUGAAUUGUUUAUUAAUGCGAGAAUUACCAUUACGUAGCACAAUUCGUAUGUGGGACACAUACUUGGCAGAAGGGUCAUCAGAAGGCUUUUCGGAAUUCCAUGUAUAUGUUUGCGCUGCAUUUCUGGUGAAAUGGUCUAACCAAUUACAAAAAUUGGAUUUUCAGGGAGUUAUGAUCUUUCUUCAGCAAUUACCUACUCAAGGAUGGCAAGAGAAAGAUAUUGAAUUAUUACUGUCAGAAGCAUACAUGUGGAAAACAUUAUUUCAUAAUGCUCCAAAUCAUUUAAAAUAAAUUAAUUUUAACAGUG